CGGCGAGAAGGCACGCUCGCGUUCGCUCACAGCGCGAUUGACUCAUCUCGAGAACGUAAAUACCUGUGACGGUAAACAAGAUACGCGUACGAUAUAUUUGCGAGAAUCAUUAGACUAUCGAGAGAUCUCUGACGCAACGCCGGGGAAUAUCUUGAAUGUUUUAAACGAGAUCAGCUGAUAUUGACAGCAAAAACACGUGCAAAUUAAAGUGUUUCUCGGAAAGUUUAAAAGUCAAUGAUUAAAUGUAUUCUAUGUGAUUUUCGAGUUGUGAGUCAUUAUAAAAUGACGAAAGUCAAGUUGAAACAGUACUCAAGGUUUACUGACAUUCUUGCGUAGUUUUAAACAACUUCAAAGUUACUUUAACUUGUCGUGGAACUCUUAUAAGUCCGUACGGAACAAUAAAGAGGAAAAACUAUUGGAAGCGCGCCAAAAGUGAUUAAAUGCGGCAUGUUUUGGUGUUUCAAACAAUAACUUAGUCAUCGAGUUAAAGGACGAUCGUGAAAGUGAUAAAACUUAAAUUGACUCUUGUUUGUAAAUGUUGGUUGGUGAUGUGGAAGUAAGAUGCACCUGCCCUAUGAGUCCAGGGGCCGAAGACGGCACGAGAUGACAGAUUUAGACGUGUUCUGGGUUCAGCCCAUAAUUGAUGAAGCUCUCCGAGAACACCCAGACCUUGUGCGCACGGGCAGUCCAGACUACAUGUGUUCUCAGUUGCCACAGCACUGGCGGUCCAACAAGACCCUGCCUGGUGGAUUCAAAGUGGUCGCCCUGGGAGACAUCAUGGACGGAACCCAGGUCACGGUGAGAGCCGGCAAUGAUGAGAAUUGCUCUGCAGAGCUGAGGAACAACACCGCAAUAAUGAAGAACAGGGUCGCUAAGUUUAACGACUUAAGGUUCGUCGGCAGAAGUGGAAGAGGGAAAAGCUUCAUGUUAACAAUAACCAUUUCGACAUCACCUCCUCAAGUAGCAACCUACCAAAAAGCGAUCAAGGUCACUGUUGAUGGACCCAGAGAGCCGAGAUCUAAAACUAGUACAAAUGCAUCGCCGCUCCAAAUGAGAACAGUACCAUUCCCGAGGUCGAUGCCGGGAAGUGCCGGGAUGACAUUCCGGGAAUUAGAAUAUAAGUCGUCGCCAACUAGAAUACUCAGGUCCAUGUCACAUGAGGAACGAGAGUAUAAGACUAAUGCCAACCUGCCUCCCGAAGAAAGUUCUGGAAACAUUUUGGGUGCCAGCGAGUGGAAUACUGGCUACUCGUCGGCGACCAGUGUGUACCCAGGCUAUGGCGCCUUACAACCUCCUUACUAUAAGGCUGACCCAACAAUCCACAUACCAACAGUGUUGCCAGAGAUUCCACUGGGUCAUACUGACUACAGUGGGUUCCAGACCAGCCCUAGCUACAUGAAGGGCAACCCUAGCGCCACCGGCGGUAGCCUCACUGAUCUCAACAGCGCAGCCAUGUCUGCCCAACGCUACGACACCAACUACUACAACUCGUGGCCCACCAACUCCUACAACUAUCAAUACAAUAACAUCAACAAUAACCCCGCCUGCCUCCAAUCCCACACGCCGUACAUCAACCCGAACUCACAAGUGAUCCUACCCAACCUAUAUUCAACCGUUAACCAAAACCAAAUACACGUUCACUUGCACAGCUCUGCAGACAAAUAUAACUUAGAACAAUAUAUACCUAGCGAAAUAAAAAUAAGUGAUAUCGAUGGUGGGAUUUCCAUUACAACGGAGCUCCCCGGAAAUGGGGAAGCCAGCGGACUAGUGCAAACUUGUGAAGCGAGUGAUGACGUGAAACACGGACUUUACGGUGCGAGCAAUCAAGAAGUGUGGCGGCCAUAUUGACAUUACGUUCAAUACCGCCAAAAUGAACAUUCCAUUGUACAUAUUGUGAUAUAAAAUAUGCAUUAUAAAAUCAUUGUGUAGUUUAGUAAUCUGUUAAUGUUAAACAUUAAUUAGAUUGUAAGUGUUGAAGAUAAAGUAUUCUAUACAAUAAAUUAAUUAUUCACAAUUA